AUGGUGGUGCAUGCCUGGGUCGCAAGAGGCCAAAGGAACCAACGCCAAGUUUCUGGGAGGUGGCUCCCAGUAGGCAGCCAAGAAUGUGAGUGCAAAGAUUGGUUCCUGAGAGCCCCUAAAAGAAAACUCAUGACAGUGCCCAGGCUGCAGGAGAAGUGUCCCUGUGAUCACUCAAAAGGCAAUGUGAAGAAAAACAGACACGGAAGACACCACAGGAAGCCAAACAAACACUCCAAAGCCUGCCAGCAAUUUCUCAAACGAUGUCAACUAGCAAGCUUUGCUCUGCCCUUAUAG